GGAGUGCGGCUCUGAGGUGCCACCGGGUGCGGCGGCGGCUGCUCUGAGUCUCCUGCCCGGAGCCGAGCCCACCGCGGCGGGGACCGGGAUUCAGAGGCGCGCGGCAGCGGCUACAGCGGGAGGGAGGACGAUGGCAGCGCCUGGUCGGGCCGGAGCAGUGAUUGCAGCCGCAGACCGCAGACGCUGGCUGUGGUCGGUGCUGGCGGCUGCGCUCGGGCUCUUAACCACUGGCGUAUCACCCUUGGAGGUUUACACACCAAAGGAAAUCUUCGUGGCAAAUGGGACACAAGGGAAGCUGACAUGCAAGUUCAAGUCCACUAACAUGACUGGCAUGUUGACCUCAGUCUCCUGGAGCUUCCAGCCGGAGGGGGCCGGCACCACUGUGUCGUUUUUCCACUACUUUCAAGGCCAGGUGUAUCUUGGGAAUUAUCCACCAUUUGAGGGCAGAAUCACCUGGGCUGGAGACCUCGACAAGAAAGAUGCAUCAAUCAACAUAGAAAAUAUUCAAUUUAUACACAAUGGCACUUAUAUCUGUGAUGUCAAAAACCCUCCUGACAUUGUUGUCCAGCCAGGACACAUUAGACUCUAUGUCGUAGAGAAAGAGAGCUUGUCAGUGUUCCCCGUGUGGGUCGUGGUAGGCAUCGUCACAGCUGUGGUCCUGGGUCUCACUCUGCUCAUCGGCAUGAUUCUGGCUGUGCUCUACAGAAGGAGGAACUAUAAGCGGGAUUACACUGGCUGGAAAGUUAACCCAAUAACCUAUGUAGAACUCAUAUGUACAUCAGAGAGUCUGUCACCGGUUAAACAGGCUCCACGGAAGUCCCCCUCCGACACAGAGGGUCUGGUAAAGAGUCUGCCUUCUGGAUCUCAUCAGGGCCCAGUCAUAUAUGCACAGUUAGAACACUCCAGUGGACACCACAGUGACAGGAUUAACAAGUCAGAGUCUGUGGUGUAUGCGGACAUCCGGAAAAAUUAAGAGGAGACUCAGAUCGUGUGCUAAGCAAGAAACAAACCCCAACUGGACUCAUGCAGAAACGUAGCCCUAACCACAUGUGACCUUGGAAACCUGGGCACGGACAAGCACAUGUUUAUUUUUAGAGGGAAGAAAAACUGUGUAUAAGGGAUAUGUAUAAAUAUUCUAUUUAAUCUUCUGAUGUGAGGAGCCAAUGUUGCAUGAUGGAAAGAUGGUAUGAUUCUACUCACCUAUAUGUAAAUUGUCUUGCUGAUGUAUGCUUUAUUUCAGGGUCAUUGACAAUUGGGAAAAUUCAGAAACCUUUCUCUCACCAUUGUUUAGAUAUGGUUUGCCUUAAUGGAGAUGGUAGCAAACCCUUUCGUACUCCGGUGGACAUGGCCUUUUUAUCUAAGGGCUUAACCAGUCGUAGCGUUUAUCAUAGUUGGAGAAUGGAGACACAAUGAUGGAAGCUGUUCCGUAUUAGAUUAACCCAGUGUCAGCACUGUUUGGCUGUAGUUUUUGGAAAGCACCUAUUCACUAUGCCACUUGAAGACAGUUGGAAAGGUCAUGUUGUUUUCGCUCUAAAACACAGGGCAGGUUUUAACUUUAUCUGCUGUGUAGGCUUACUUUAACCCUUUAAGUAUAUCAAUUUGUGGAUUCAACACAGCAAGAUUAGCAAAGGAUAAAUAUGAGAGCUUCCUUCCUCCUCAGUACCUUGAGAUCAACACCAGAGGGAGAAUAAAUGCGUGUAGAAGAACCAGGCCUUGCUGGAGAGUAACAGUUGUGUUGUUUGCUGGAAUCCCUCCUGUAGCAAGUGUUCCCAGGCAGCCAAAGGAGAAGAGUUACCUUUCCUCCUACUAGGCACAAGCGGGACAGUUAGAUUGCCAGUCUUUCUGGAGAAUUUUCUUCUUUACAAAGCUCCAGCGAAGCUUCUAGCAAGACGCAGCAUCUCCUGGCUCUGGAGCUGCUCCCGAGACCUUUGAGGAUAAGGCUGGUUGAGGGUGUUUUUAAGCAAGUAGGGCUAGUACUUCUACUUUGGGAAUCUUUUUUUCUGUUCCUGGCUGGUGGUAGUUGCUGUUUUUAAAAAAUCCUCCAAGGCCCACUAGUAGCAUUGAUAAACAAUGAAAUGCAAACAUGUAAUUUGAGUAUCCUGCCUAACAGUUCAUUUCCUCCCAUUGACUAUCCCACCCUUCCAUCCCCAUCCAGCCUCAACUGUAGGAGCUUUUAUUUUUUACUGAAAAUGAAAUGCAUGAUGAAGAUCAUUAAAUAUUUAUUUAUAUUGUCACACACACACACACCCUUUUCUGGGUGAUUUGUUUCGAAAGUAAGUUUUUGCCACUAGGGAAAGAGUACAGACUAGCUGGUCACAGAAGCUGUUUGGGUAAGUGGUAAUGUUAGUUUUCCUCCCAUUUAGUUUGAUGUCCGCCAUGAGCUCCUUCCUUUUCCUUCCUGUCUUCUGUCAUCUGUGAGGGCGUUCGAAAGGUGAGUUCUAGACAAUUCCUAAUGGAAAUUAAAGGAGGGUUUAGAUCUGAAGUUGUGCCAUGUGAACUUCUAAACUAACUUGGUCCCCCUUAAGCAGCCUCUGAUUUUCUGAGGAACUAUUUGUUAUUUCUAUCAGGUCCCGGUGACAUUCCAUUUCUAGUAAGAGGCAGGGAACAGGUUUCAUCACCUCCCCCACUAGCUGCCUUCUGAAGGUGAGGUCUGGUCUGUGUUCAGUGAGGAGUGGAGGAAAAGACUGCAACUCUGCUGCCUUCGAACUCCCUCACAGAUGACAGAAGACAGGAAGGAAAAGGAAGGAGCUCAUGGCGGACAUCAAACUAAAUGGGAGGAAAACUAACUCUUGGGUGUUCAGAGGCCCGCCGCAGCCUCAGCCAGCAUUUCUGCAAAGUGGCUGGCCUUACCUCCUCACACCUCUCAGUGCUCACUAGAAAAACAUAGGAGCCUUUAGAAUUCUCUUGUGUAUGUUGGGGAGCGGGAGGGGAGUAGGAUGUGGGCUUGUCCCUGUACUUCUUUAAUGCCAAGAUUGCAGCUCUCUUGGUAAGCUUUUGAUACAGUGACAGUUGUACAGCUGGCCAAGACUGUUUUAAGGUAGAAAGACUGUUUUUAAGGUAUAUUUAUAUAUUUGUCAUGUUUCUAUAUAGUCACUUUUCACAGAAAAAAGGGACACCUUCUCCUUUUUCAAGAGGUCCCCUGAAUGAACUCUAUGCUCCCAAUACUCCUGAUUACAGGAACCCUCAUUUCACCUUUGUGGGCAAGGAUUUUGUGUUCAUGCCACCCAGGGUACCAGCCAGCACUCCUACUAAUGAUGCCUGUGAGCCUCCCCUGACUUGUGUGUCUGAUGACAGCACCACCUCCCCACCCACCCAGACAGCUCACACCUUGCCAACAUUUAGCAUCUGUUGAAGCGUCACCCCGCCUCACCAAGCUUCCCUGCCAGGCAGCGGCAGUCACUGUUGGCAUUGCCUUGGCUCUGGACUGGCUUGUCCAGAAGAAAUCACUUACACUUGCAAGGAGAAUCUCAGGGUCAGGGCACCUCCCAACCCCCUCAAGCCAUCUCCUUUGGCGUCUUUGGCCCUUUCUCCUGCGUCCCAGUGUCCUGCACCUGGCCACACACAGCAGCAGUGGGGACUACUGCCACUGCCCUUUCCAUGUUUUCUCAGCAGAAUGACCUUUGUAAUGACAAGUGGUUUUGUAAGGGGACACCUAAAAGGGAUUACUUAGAGAUGAAAAUUCCAAACUAUCUGUAGUUUUUGGUGGAAAUGUAUGCAGUUGGGUAAAAAUCAUUACAUCCAUUUUUUUAAUUGUAUUUUUGUGUAUUUUUAAUACAUCUUUUCUAAUU